AGGAUUCCCAAGCAUGUGACAAAGGACCUAAAGGAUAAAUCAGUGCCAAAGAACUUACAAAAUGCCAGCAAGCAUAUCUGUUUGUGCUGCUCGCCCUAAAGGCUGGAUGGAUGAGAGAGUAGAAGGCACCAGUACUUUCAGGGCAGAUUACAUUCUUGACUUUUACCAGGGAAUGGCUCCUUUCUUCAUAAGAGCUAAAGCAUGUGCAGUGCCGACAAAUGAGUUUGACUCAUCAGAUGAAGAACCCUUGGAAGAAGAGCAGACACCUUUUCAAGUAUCCUGGCUUGCCCUCUCACCAGUUUAUUCCCAGUUUCUAGGAAUAUGUGCAUUACCAGGUUGCCGGUUCAAAAAUAUAAGAAGAAGCCUUCAAAAGGACAUAGAGGAAUUGAAGAGCUAUGGAGUACAGGAUAUAUUUGUACUCUGUACCAGAGGAGAACUUUCCAGGUACCGAGUCCCGCACCUCCUAGAGGCAUAUCAGAACCAGGGGAUCAUUGUGCACCAUCACCCCAUUCCUGAUGGAGAGACACCAGAUAUUGCCCAGUGCUAUGUGAUUCUAAACGAACUUAGGAGCUGCCUUGAAUGUAAUCGGAAGACCUUAAUACACUGUUACGGUGGACUUGGACGAUCCUGUCUGAUUGCAGCUUGUCUCCUGCUUCAGAUAUCUGACACAGUUGCCCCACAGCAAGCCAUAGACAGUCUGAGAGACUUGAGAGGUUCAGGUGCAAUACAAACUAUAAAGCAAUACAACUACCUCCAUGAUUUUCCAGAGACCUUGGCAGCCCAUACAUUGACAGAAGGCACAACAGCAAGAUCAGUAUCCCGAUAAUGCCAAAACAGUGGAAUUGGGCUACCUGUUAUAUAUACAUCACAUAGUGUUCCCUUUGUGAACACAGCAGAAACUGAACCUGCCUCCAUGCCUCAUGGGAAUUUAGUUGCCUGUCCAUAACCCUUGGCAGUUUAUUAGGAAAAACAAUAAAUGCAAACAGAAGAGAGAUAUGCAUAAAGGUAAAGCUGUAGAUUGGAUUCAUAAACUACAGAGAGAUGAGUAGUAGAAUAUAUAAUAAACAUCAUUUACUUUAAUUUUAAUUUUUAAACUUUUUAAACUUUCUUUCUUUCCAUACCCUAUUUUUCCUGGUGAGCUGGGAGAUGUAUGUUUGCUGUUGUCAAAUUUUUUUGAGAUUGACAGGAAACCCUGACUGAAUCAGACAGCUUUAUGUGGUGAAUUUUCAGCUUUUUUUCUUGGAUUGUGUUCUACUGGCAACAUCUGAUGUUCCAGGUGACAUGUUUGACCUGGGCUUCCUUUCCAAGUAUUUCAACAGUCAUUGUAAGAGAGUAUCCUGUAAGGUUCUCCAUUACCAUGGCUUGAUGUGCAUCUACUAACAAGUAGAUCUAUUUAUAGAAAAGUGUUCUUGCUUGCUACCUGAUAAAAUGAACUGGAGCAAUUACUUGUACACAAACAGACCUGCAAACAAGCAUACAGUUUGAACCUACACUUUGGGACACCAUCUUCUUGUGUGCCUUUUUAGACUUAGACCCUGAGGUGAACCUAUCAUGGGAGUUUCCUGGAAAGACUUCUUGAGGAGGGUUUUGCCUUCCUCUCAGGCUGAGAGUGUGACUUGCCCAAGACAAGUUAAUUUCCAUGGCCAAGCAGGGAUUCAAACUCUGGUCUCCCAGAGUCCUAGUCCAGCACUCAAACCACUACACCAGGGUUUCUCAAAAAAUUUCCCCCUGUAAUCCCCUUUUCAUCUACAUGCAGACAUCACCCCCACACACACACUUAUAGUACAGUAUAUGAACCAAAAUAUUUUGUGUAGCAUGCAUAUUUUUGUUUGCCUCACAGACAGCACCCUAUUGAUGGCACCUCUCUCACACACAGGCCCCAUGCACCCUCCACCUUAACUUCUGGGCUCUCAUGGUCUCUGCCUCUUCUUUUCACUUCCCUCUCCCCUAGUCAAGAAACCAUCUUGUAGUGGCAAAGGCCAUGUGCCUGCUACACCAAGGACAAACCGUAUGGAGAAGCUGAGCAGGAUAUUCAUAAAAAGGGAAAGCUGGGUUUUGCCAUGUCUAAAAUUGGGGGAAGGGUAAUAGGGGAAGACAUUUAAGCAUUGCUUUUGCAGGGAUGGUACAUGCACACACAGACUUGCCCCCUUUUCACAUUUGCUGCACCACCACCACUCGAGAACUAUUGCAAUACCUCAGUCUGCUUCUUGGGACACAUACUCACAAUUUUACUGAACGGCAAGGUGAAGCACCCCCCCAAACAGAUCUGCUCUGGGGCUGCUGUUCUGUAUGCUGCUUGAAAAGGCAUUAUGAACUGCUUGCUUGCCAAUGAUUCUGUUGUAGAAGUAAUUUUG